AUGUUGACCUUGAGACCUCGCCUCCAUCUUCUUUUCCGCGAUGACGUCGAAGGCGUAGAGACGACGCGGCAGAUGGUCCGCGUUUCUGUCCCAACUCUUGCUGCCUCAACUCGGUUUUCGCCCUCGCCCCUUGUCGCAGUUGUCGUUUUUACGCCGCGACAUAUGUUGCCUGAAGACAACUUUGGACUCGGGAGAUGGCCGAGUUUCACGUUGAAGUGCCAUGUACUUGAAGGCUCUGACACUUUAGUGUGGCUUUGUGGAACACGUCGACUAGGACGAAGACGUCGUCGCGUCCGUGGGAUCUACGAGUGUCGCGUCUUUCUGAGUAGAUUUCGCCUUGAGUGUUUGAAAGCGCCUUCUCAGCGUUGCUGGACUCGUGCUGGUCGAUUAACAGCCUUCCAGCCUAUCCGUUCAUGGCAGAAAGACUGUGGAUCUGCCAAUGCCAUCGCGGCGUCUGGACACGUCAGUUCCACCGCUUCCUUCACUUGUCGCCUCAUCUUUCAGCGAAAAUCGUGGUUGGUUCCACGUGGACCUCUUCGAUGGGGCGACCAAACAGAGGAGCACAAAGAAGUCGAUGUACAUCUCGUAGAGGCGUUCUACACAGACAAGGAGGCUUACGGUGGGGUAGGAGGGGGAGGAGGAGGAGGAGGCGCAAUAUGCGGACUCCGGAUGUCUGCUCACCUACCUUUGAGCAGCUUCUGUCGAGUCGAGAAUCGGACCAGGUCUUCCUCCAGCAUUCUCACCUCCUUCAGGAUUGUAUCCUCCACAUGUGGGGUGGCCUCUUUAAAGUACGCUUUGCCCCCACCCGCGGGUGGGGGUGACUUGUGCUACCAAGACGACGGUUCCUGGGUUGGAGAGGCUGUUGCAGAUGAAAGUCCUGGGGACUACGAGAGGACCGGAGGCAGAAGUGAGACAGCCCGCUGUCUGGGUUGGUGGUGGGUGCACAAAUGCCAGCCACCGGGGGACAGGGGUGGGGCAGCGGAGUUAAUGGACGUGAAUCAUCAACGCGAGUGGCUUGAGGAUAAAGCAGGGAUGGGUGGAGGGCGGGCUGUCCCAAGUCGCAAACCCACAUCAGAACAAGUAUUGGGCAUGGCCUAA